AUGGCGACAGUCCGCGACCCAACCUUCUGGCACCGCUUCUCGCUCGCCGUGCGCAUGGAGGACCUAUCGCCGACCGGCGGCGCAAAGGAAACAUUAGAAUCUAACGAAUGGCUCCGCCGGCAACAGACGAAGCGCCGACGGCACAAGAUUUUGAUAGCGGUACUGGGCGGGUUCGUCCUGGCUGUGAUUGUGGCGGGGGUCGUGGUCUGGCAGAUCUUUGGGGUGUCGCUGGGGCGGUAG